GACGGACACAGAACAGAUUGAAUAAGGCGCUCACUUUAUAAACCCUUCCUCCUCCAAAACCUCGGAGAUCGCUGCUGCAAAAUCCCAGGUAUAUCCUUUCCCCCUUAAUUUGCUGCAAAGCAGUAGAAAACUAGAAAUCUUUCUCUCUAUUCAGCGCGGGAAAAUUUGGCUCUCCCCAGGAACCAAAACUCGUUCUUCUCUUCACCCAACGGUGGAAGAAGAGAGAGAUUAGGGCGCUCUCUCUCUCUCUCUGUAAACUUCCAUGGCGAAUGUAAUCGAUCAGGAUCAGCAGUGGCUACUCAACUGUCUCUCUGCCACGCUCGACCCUAACCCGGAGGUCCGUAACUUCGCAGAGACUUCUCUCAAUCAGGCCUCUCUUCAGCCAGGAUUUGGAGGGGCGCUAUCAAGGGUUGCAGCAAACAGGGAUCUCUCACUGGGUUUGCGACAGCUAGCUGCGGUCCUUUUAAAGCAAUUCAUUCGGAAACACUGGGAAGGAGAUGAGGAUGUUACAGUAUCUGUGGAAGAAAAGGGAGUUAUACGUAGGAACCUUCUAGCUUCGACAGAUGACUCUCAUCGGAAAAUCUGCACAGCAAUUAGUAUGGCCAUAGCAUCGAUAGCUGCUUAUGACUGGCCUGAAAAUUGGCCUGAACUUUUACCCUCACUUCUUACUCUCAUCAAAGAUCAAAGUAAUAUGACCAGAGUGCAGGGAGCUCUAAGAUGCUUGGCUCUUCUUUCUGCCGACCUGGAUGAUACAGUGGUGCCAACGUUAAUACCUGUGCUAUUCCCAAGCUUGCAUACAAUUGUGUCAUCUUCUCAGACUUAUAACAUGUAUCUACGCUCCAAAGCACUCUCUAUUGUUUACUCAUGCGUCUCGGUGAUCGGGGUUAUGAGUGGUGUAUAUAAGAAGGAAACCAUGGCACUGAUGGCACCAAUGCUUAAGCCAUGGAUGGAUCAGUUCGCUAUUAUCUUAGGACAGCCUUUGCAACCUGAGGAUCCUGAUGAUUGGAGCAUGAGGAUGGAGGUGCUGAAAUGCUUGAAUCAGUUGAUUCAAAAUUUUCAAACUCUUGCUGAAGGUGAAUUUAUGAUUGUUGUGGAGCCUUUGUGGCAAACAUUUGUCAGUGCCGUGGGAGUAUAUAGGCGCUCAUCCAUUGAUGGAGCGGAUGAUUCAUUUGAAGGUAAUUAUGACUCUGAUGGUGCAGACAAAAGUCUCGAUUCAUUUGUCAUUCAGCUUUUAGAGUUUCUCUUAACCAUUGUGGGCAGUGCAAGGCUAAGAAAGGUUGUUCUGAGUAAUGUUAAGCAGUUGGUAUAUCAUACAGUAGCACUUCUUCAAAUGACCGAGCAACAGGUUCAUACAUGGUCAAUGGAUGCUAAUCAAUUUGUGGCUGAUGAGGAUGACGAGACUUAUAGUUGUCGUGUUUCUGGUGCCCUUUUACUGGAAGAGGUGAUAAAUUCUUGUGGUGUAGAAGGGAUCAAUGCGAUUAUAGAUGCUACGAGAGAGAGGUUCAGCGAGUCCCAACAAGAACAGGCCGCUGGUUCAGCAGUGUGGUGGAGAAUUAGGGAGGCAGCACUCUAUGCUUUGGCUUCUGUCUCAGAUCAGCUGCUCGAAGCCGAGGGUUCUGGGGGUACCAACAUUUGCUUAGGAAAGCUUAUAGAGUCGCUUGUUGCUGAAGACAUUAUAAUUGGGCCGCAUGAAUAUCCCUUUCUUUGUGCCCGUGUUCUUACGUUGGUCGCUAAAUUCUCCCCUGUGAUCAGCCACACGGUCCUUCAGCAAUUUCUUUACGCUGCAAUGAAAGCUGUUGGCAUGGAUGUGCCCCCACCUGUGAAGGUAGGUGCUUGCCGAGCGCUUUCUCAGCUUCUGCCUGAAGCUAACAGAGAAGUUGUCCAACCUCAACUAAUUGGUUUAUUAUCAUCCCUUACAGAUUUACUUCAACAGGCAUCUGAUGAAACUCUACACCUUGUCCUUGAAACACUACAAGCUGCAAUUAAGUCAGGUGCCGAAGUAACUGGGCCAAUUGAGUCUAUCAUCUCGCCUGUGAUUCUUAAUGUGUGGGCGUCACAUAUUUCUGAUCCUUUUAUUGGUAUUGACGCGAUUGAAGUUUUGGAGUCAAUUAAGAAUGCACCUGGUGGUAUUCAUCCAUUGGUUUCUCGAGUUCUGCCUCAUGUGGGGCCAAUUUUGAACAAGCCACGAGAGCAGCCCGAAGGUUUGGUAGCUGGAUCACUUGAUCUGGUGACCAUGCUACUGAAGAAUGCUCCAAUGGAUGUUGUGAUGGUAUUAUAUGAUGUUUGCUUCGACGCUGUAACUAGGAUUGUUCUUCAGAACGAUGACCAUAGUGAACUGCAGAAUGCAACCCAGUGUUUGGCUGCAUUUAUAUCUGGGGGAAGGCAGGAAGUUCUUGCUUGGGCUGCUGAUUCUGGAUUUGCGAUGAGAAGUUUGCUUGAUGUAGCUUCAAGGCUUCUUGAUCCCAAUCUUGAUAGCUCCGGUUCUCUUUUUGUGGGGAAUUACAUUUUGCAACUUAUUUUGCAUCUACCACUGCAAAUGGCACAGCAUACCCCGGAUCUUAUUGCUGCUCUUGUUAGAAGAAUGCAGUCUGCUCAAAUAGCUGGAUUGAGAAGUUCAUUGAUAGUUCUUUUUGCUAGAUUGGUCCACAUGAGUGCCCCAAAUGUGGAACAGUUUAUCGAUUUGCUUGUUAGUAUCCCAGCUGCGGACCACGAUAAUGCCUUUGUUUAUGUCAUGUCAGAAUGGACAAAGCAACAAGGAGAGAUUCAGGGAGCCUAUCAGAUUAAGGUGACAACCAGUGCUUUGGCUUUGUUGCUCUCCACCAGGCACCCUCAGCUUGGAAAAGUGAAUGUGCAAGGCCAUGUACAGUCUACAGAAGGGAUAACUACACGCUCAAAGGCUAAAGUGACCCCUGAGAAAUGGACCGUGGUGCCACUACCUUUCAAGAUAGCGUCUUUACUGGCAGACACACUUCUUGAAAUGCAUGAACAAGUUCAGUUUGAUGAUGAUGAGAACGAGUGGGAAGAAAUUGAAGAAGAGGACAAGGAUGGGGACAAAGAUUUACUGUAUUCAGCUGCUGCUGGUCUAUCAUCUGGAAGAGCCACAUAUGACCAACUUGAAGCCAUGGCAAAAGUUUUUGACGGGGAUCAAGAUGAUGAAGAUGACGAAGAACUAUUAAGCGCUGGAGAUCCGUUAAACCAGAUUAAUGUGGCAUCUUACCUCGGCGACUUCUUUACAAAGUUGUGGAAGGAGGACAGGCAGCUGUUUAACCAUUUGUGCCAGAACUUGACGCAAGAUCAAGUGCAGGCUAUUCAGACAGUAGUGGUACAUAGCUGAGCCAUGAUUCGUGAUGGUGUGGAUUGCUUGCGAGGGAGAAAAAAGCAACAACCCGGAAAGGAACAAGAAAAACAUAAAAAGAAAGGAAGAAAGAUGAAACAGAGGUAAAUGGUAAAUGGACAGGCCAUUUUAGGCCGGGGUUUAAAAUGCCCAUUGUCCCAUUCUUUGUGCAGUUUGUUCCUGGUUCUAGCUGUCUAGUGAUGCAUGGUAGUGCAGAAGAAAUCGGUUUCCAGUUUUUCAAUAUUUUUCUCUCUAGGGUGGUGUUUGGUUUUGUUUGGAGUUGGUUGUGAUUGUGCUGGGGUGGAGUUGUGAAAAUCUGGCAUCAUGAGGCUAUGCGAGCAGGAACAGGCGUCGUGUUGAACUUGGGUUCAUGAGCGAUGUGCGUAGCAACUAUUUGAGUGCUUCGUGUCUUUUUUAUCCAAUUCGUUUUUUGUUUGAUCCAUUGCAUGCCUCAUCUCAGUCCAGCGAUGCAGCCAAAGGUUGUGGAUGUUUAUUGACAAUGGUGAUGUGUAGGAUGAAAUCCAACAGGUAGUAAGAC